UGUAGCUAGCAUUUCCUCAAUCUUCACCUUUCUUGUUGUGUAGUUGUAACGUUACUGUCCUGCGUAGUGCACUUCAGGUCGUCAAUUUGGUUUCCUAAAGUUCAGUUUAUGCGUAUCUUCAGGAAAUGACAACUUAAAAAUAUAUUAAACUAUCUUACUUUUUCAAUUCACGUGUACCUUCUCGAGGUAACGCGGAGAUUUACAACGGUAUCGGUAGAUAACAGAGAGGUUUUGCUAAUAAAUAUGGCAUCAAAGUUAAGUAUAGACCAUGAGGCGAUUCCAGUAACAGCUUUAAACUGCAGUUUUCGGAAGAAACUGGGUCUGUUCCUGAAUCCAACUAACACGGUGGCGGCAGACUGGAGGACAGUGGCAGAAAUUAUGGACUUCACCUACCUGGAGAUCAAAAACUUUGAGAAAAGAGACUGUCCCUUCGAAAAAGUCUUGACGGACUGGGAAACUCGUCCAGACGCCACAGUAGCAAAUUUACUGUCGAUUUUAGAAAAAGCUGAAAGGAAAGAUGUCAUAUCAGAGCUCAAGGAAAUUCUAGAUGACGACUGCAGGAAGUAUAUGGAAAGACAACAGAGGAAGCCGCUUCAGGUUCCAGUGGUGGACAGUUGUGGACCUCGAACACAGGAGAGAGAAGGAAUCACACUCUAUGAUGAUCCACAAGGACUGACACCUGAGACCUUUGAUGCCUUCAUCUGCUACUGUCAGAGUGACAUUCAGUUUGUCCACGAGAUGAUCAAACAGCUGGAACAGACCGAAUACAACCUGAAGCUUUGUGUGUUUGACAGAGACGUCCUUCCUGGCACAUGCGUGUGGACCAUCGCCAGCGAGCUCAUCGAGAAAAGGUGUAAGAGGAUGGUGGUGGUCAUCUCUGAUGAUUAUCUGGACAGUGAUGCCUGUGACUUUCAGACUAAGUUUGCACUCAGUCUUUGCCCAGGAGCUCGCACUAAACGGCUUAUCCCUGUCGUCUACAAAUCCAUGAAGAGGCCGUUUCCCAGCAUUCUGCGCUUUCUGACCAUCUGUGAUUACAGCAAACCCUGCACACAGGUCUGGUUCUGGACUCGACUGGCCAAAGCACUUUCACUGCCCUAAUCUGCUAUGCUGAAGACUCAACAUCACACAAACACACUCUUCUCUAUUAGGAGGAAGGACUUGCUUUUGGGAGAGUUUGUCAGUAUUGAUUCCAGCAGUGAACAUUUUCAGACAGGUACUUUUUAUAGUAUUCACGACAGAAACAUCCGCCCAAAUCAAAACAUCACUCAGCUUUCCAGAAUAUCACAUCAAGCAUCACAUCACAUCAAGAUUUCUAAAAUAAAUAGUUACUGAUCAUUUCCGAUCUUGUUUUGCAUUUGGUUCUUGUUACACUGGCCAUUUUUGGGUUAUAAAAUAUUAAUGUUCAAUAUACAGUUGAAGUCAGAAUUAUGAGCCCCCCUUUGAUUUUUUUUUUUUUCUUUGUUAAAUAUUUCCCAAAUUAUAUUUAACAGAGAAACAAAAUUUUCACAGUAUGUCUGAUAAUAUUUAUUCUUCUGGAGAAAGUCUUAUUUCUUUUAUUUCAGCCAGAAUAAAAGCAGUUAUACAUUUUUUAAAAUCCAUUUUAAGGGCAAAAUUAUUAGCCCCUUUAAGCAAAUUUUUUUUGAUAGUCUACAGAACAAAUCAUUGAUAUACAAUAACCUAAUUACCCCAACCUGCCUAGUUAACCUAAUUAACCUAGUUAAGCCUUUAAAUGUCACUUUAAGCUGUAAAGAAGCGUCUUGAAAAAUAUCUAGUAAAAUAUUAUUUACUGUCAUCAUGACAAAGAUAAAAUAAAUCAGUUAUUAGAAAUGAGUUAUUAAAACUAUUAUGAUUAGAAAUGUGUUAAAAAAAUCUGCUCUCCGUUAAACAAAUUGGGGCAAAAAAUAAACAGGGGGGCUAAUAAUUCUGACUUCAACUGUAUAUUGUGUGAAUUAUGUCUGAUCUGCUAUUUGCCGUGUACUUCUGAUUAUAUUGAUGAGGUAAAUACAGAUGCACAGAUUGUUAGUCUUUAUCUCGGUUAAGUGGUAAUGGUUGGUUAACCUACGGUAUAUUUUACUAUGUUUUCAACACCUCAGUCUUCCUCUGACGUUACAUGUUCAUCUUCAAAGAAAUGUCAGUGGCUUUUAAUUUGUUAGCCCAAUUUUUUUUCUCAAAUCAUAAUUGCCUUUUACCACAUUUGAGUGUUAUCAUUUAAUGAAAUUGGCCUUUUUAAAAUUAUGUUUUAAUAUGAAAACAAUUACUUUACUCCUCUGAGCUCACAGUUUAAACUUACAUUUGACUGCACUAUAAGUAAGCUUAAGCAUAUACUCAUUUGGUACAGAAGGUUAUUUAUGUGUGAUUGUGCUCAGCUGUAUAUAGAUAAGUGCUAACAUCACACUUCCUGUGCAUUUCUACUAAAGGAGCGACACAUUUUAUGGAAGCUGGUUAGUAAGAUAAACAGAGAAGUAAUGUUUGUAGAUUCUCUUUGAUUCUUGAAAUCAGAAACAGAAUGCAUUAAUUAAUAUUCAAAAGUUAAAUGUAAGGUAAAUCUGUAUGAGUGUUUAUUUUAAAAUAAUUUUAUGGGAAUUCUGUUAAAUGCAUGCUGUGUACACGUUAUUCACAAUUUCAUACAUUUAACAAUAGUGUCAGUAUGAAAGAAAUUCAUUUACAAGCUGUAAUACCUGAAGUGAAUCUUAUGUAUUUUUAUUAAAAACAAUGUAUUGAA